AUGCCGAGGGCUCGCUGGUGCGACAAGUUGCCACUGGCCACCGAUCGCACCACCGACCCACCAGGGGUCCAGUUCGAGAACGCGCUCCUGCAAGCCACGCCCGUGGACAAGGGCAAGUGCCCUUACGUGAGGCAGAACCACGACGUCGGAUUCCAACUGUACACCAGGCACAACCCUACGGUCUUCCAGGAGUUGAUGGUGAACGACGAUGAGAGGCUGUUCGCCUCCAACAUCGAUUUUAACAACCCCACGGUUUUGUACUUCCACGCGUUCAUGGAACAGGCCGCGGACGGCUCCGGGCUCAUGGUCAGAGAAGCCUACGUGCAGCGGGGCGACACCAAUGUGAUCAUGGUCGAGGCACCGCGGCUCGAGGCGGGGCCGUGGUACUUCACGGCGGCGGAAAACACCUGGUACAUCGGGCGUUUCGCGGCGCAGUUCGUGGACUACUUGGUGUCCAGGGGUCUAAAGCUGUCCAACACUCACUUUGUGGGGCAUAGUCUCGGCGCGCAUGCCGCAGGGGUCGCCGGCGCCGCCCUGACCUCCGGCCGCGUGGCCAGGAUAACUGGCCUUGACCCGGCGCUGCCGCUCUUCGACAAAGUGCCACCGGAGCAGAGGCUGGACCCGUCGGACGCGGAAUUCGUGGACGUGAUACACACGGACGCCGGGAUAUUCGGUUUCCCCCACUCUAUUGGCCACGCGGACUUCUACCCGAACGGUGGAAAGAGUCCGCAGCCAGGGUGCAACCUGGAGGUGGUGCUGUCCAAGCAGCUGCUGCUGAACAAGUUCUUUUGCAGCCACUGGCGGUCGUACAUGUUCUUCGCGGAGUCCGUGACGAGGCCGGACUCCUUCGUGGCGACAUCGUGCCCCACGUGGCACCAGUACCGGAGGGGGGGGUGUGCGGGUUCACACCGCGUGCACAUGGGCUUCGGGCUGGACCGAAGCGCCCGCGGGAACUUCUAUCUGAUGACCCACCGGGACUCGCCGUUUUCGAUAGAG